UGCUAUUGUUGUGUGAGGAAAAUAGCAGGUAGUAACUUGUCAUUCAAAGUGAGAGUGAGAAAGGUGGAUAGAUAGUUGGAAAAAGAGAAAUGGCGAAUCAGUUGGAGAACUUAGUUCAGUCGAUCAAAUCGAAGGUGAGAGCUCUGAAGAAAUCGAAGAAGCCCUACAUAAAAAUGGACAGGAGUUCUAGCGUUAAAGUCGAGAUCCGAAGCAGGCAAGCUAGAAAGCUCAUUGACAAAACCUUGAGGGUGGCGGAUCGUCCGGGAAAGAGAAGUAUUUCUUGACGUCUCCUUUCACAGAAAGGCUCUUUCCGUUGAGUUUAUUUUCCUUCAUCCAUCUCUGUGAAUAUAAACAUCUCUUUGUCUUUAGUUUUAAUCAAGCGCUUAUGUUUUAUCACUGUGUUUCCAUCCGUAGAACAUAACGGAUUUGUUUUUUCCAGCCGGAUGGCUUGUUUUGCGCUAGGGUUUUAAACCGUCUCGUUGAGCUUAAAAAAGGAGCAAAAAAAAAAAAAACUAAUUUGUUAUGAAAUCGCUAUGUAACCGUCAAGUUUGAAUCUUACCUCUUUCUGUUAUCUUCUGACUUCUGUUCGGUGCGUAUGGAGAUCGAGGGGUUCUGACGGAUUCUACUAUAGUUGAUUCCCAUCGUUUAUUUGGCGUGGUUCAUUUUUCAUUUCAUCUCUGGAGAUGUUUGGGUUUUCUGUUUUCGUGGAGAGUGCAGAUGAAAACUGUUGAUGUUGGUUGCACCUUGCACGACACGAAUCAUGUUUUUAGUGGCUGCGUUGUAGUAUUCACAAACGGUAGUGCAGGGGUUCCACGAU